AGUGCGACAUUUAAAUCGGACAAUACUUUAGUGAAAUUGGUCCGCGAGUCCGGACAGAAGGCGUUGGCAAUCAUUAUAAACACAAUUGAAGCCGAUUUGACGAAAACCAGUUGUUCCGAGUUUGAGACCCGACUUAUAGUGUCUAAUAUGACAGUGAAUGACACAAAUUCUAUGGUCUCGACCAUCAGUCGAGUCAAUCUAAUCGCUAAGUUUGAAAGAGAAAAAUCUAUUCAACAGAGACUGCAAUUGUUUGUGGUUUCAGAACUCUCUUCGUGUCAUAUCAUAUAUAAUGACGAAGAGAUUAAUUAUUGGAUUGAAUUAGUUAAUAACAUAUACGACGGCAACAACGAGUCGAGCGUUAAUCUCAACAAACAAAACAUUCCCAUAAGUAACACAUUUAUGAAGGAUUUGCCCAAAUUUAGCGCUUCGUUAGAUAUCAAUGACAUAACAUUUUCGGUAAAACCGAUCACUAAUGUUCAGCCGAUGGUUACCUACGGCUUAAGUCACGCAAAGAUUGGAUAUGUUCUCAAUUCUGAUCCACUAUUUAGGGAAAUGAGUUUUGAGCUCUUAUUGGAGACAUUUUGGUGCUGGAAUGGGAACCGAGAGUUGCGGCCAUCGAAUCCGAAUUCACUUAAGAAGUAUCACCAAAAACAUGUGCCUCUCUUCACAUCAAUGCUCUUCUUAAAGUGCCGUCAUAUGAAUCUUUCUGAAUUCCGGAUCCACUGUGUUAUGGAUGGCAUUCAAAUCAGUUUAGAUUACUUCGUACGGCUCUUCAAUCAAUACGAUCUGAAAGCGUACUCCGGAUCGAAGACAUCCGGACUCAACAGCAAUCUCUUCUCCAAAUCUAUUCAAAUAAAUAUAUCGUCCGUUAAUUUAUUCACUUCUGAUCUCAUGUUACGCGUCGAUUCGGCGACAGUGGACUCCAACUCAUCCAAACUUACCUCAAGUAUCAAUGGUCUGGCGUUGAGUCCUAUGUACGCGCCGUCGGCCACACUAUCGUGUUUAAGAGCGGCCGAACUGAUCCAGAAUAGGAUCGUAUACUUUUCAGUGGUUCGGCUGAAUUUGAAUCACGACUCACACGAGAAUACCAUUAGUUUGACAGAAGAGGUGUUCAUUCAAUGGAAUCCAUCGUUUCAUUUAACUGUAAUUGAUUUGUACGAAGAAUUCUUGUCUAAAUUGAUGAGCAAAACGACCAAUAAUGCGGUCGAAUCGUUGUCCUCCGUAUCGGUUAACGUGAAACUGGAGGGAAAGAUCAGUAUCGGUGCUCUUCUCUCCAAUGCAGACAACAUUAUGGCCUUUGAAACCGAAUUAUUAACGCUUACUAUUCAAGCGAAUAAAAUGUGUACUAAAUGUGAUUUCCUUUCAUUAUAUUUCGAUCACAACUUAAUAAUGACUUUAGAG